GCGUAAGAAGAGUGUGUUGUGGUGUGUGUCAAUACUUUCGGAGUAGCGGAGUUGGUAUGGUUUGUUUUUGAGUGUUGAGGUAUUGAUCCACAAUUCCUCUUUCAAAAGGACAGUUUGUUCUGUUGGGUGACGUCGUCCCGCAACAGAAUAAUUUCGUUAAUAUCAAGAAGAAAAUGUCCCAACAACAAGAUGUCAUCAAACAGAAAACUGAAUCGAAUCAGGUGGUGCACAUCCGUAGUGAUAGCGAAACAAAGCUCGACGAACUCUUCAAUGCUGUCAUCCACCCAAAGGAUUACCAAGUACCCUUGACUGUGCCUAUGAGACUAAGGAACUUGCCACCAUCGUUUUUUAAACAGCCCGAGAAGGGCUCGAAAUCUGCGUCACACUCCCGGGAAUCGAGUGCUGAUAAUUCGAAUUACCCAACCCAGCAGACGCAGCCGCCACCGCCGCUGCCGCAAGUGUCCAGCGGGCUGCAGAUUAACCACCCGAGGGCCCACUCUUCCCCUGCUUCUUUACAGCAGGCCUACAAGAGUGGCCCUUCGGUUGAUCAUCACCAGCAUUUGCGGCAGAGGAGCUAUGGGGAUCUUCUCGAUGACAAUGCACCUUUACCACCAGGAUGGGAAAUGGCCAAGACUGCUGCUGGCCAAACUUAUUUCUUGAACCACCUGACUCAAACUACAACAUGGGUGGAUCCUCGCAAGAAACCGACCACUGCAAGUAUGACCGCUUCUGUGAAUAUGCAAAAUCUUGGUCCUCUACCUAAAGGAUGGGAGCAAGCUACGACAUUGGAGGGCGAAGUAUAUUUCAUCAAUCACAUAGACCGAACUACUAGCUGGUUGGACCCCAGAAUUCCUGCUCAUCUCCAGACCCCUCCAACAGUCAGUGCACCAACCCAAGCUCUUUCAUCAUUAUCUGCUCUUCAGUCACAAAAUCAAGCUCAGGCCAACAGCGUUAGCUUAGCAAGGCAACUACCUACACAGACCAUAAAGCUGCCUUCAACCUUAACAUCAGCUGUCAGUUCUGCUGCAACUUUGAACAAUCAAAUUAACUUACAACAAAGACAACAAAAUCUUCGUGUACAGAGCUUAGAAAUGGAGCGAGAGCAGUUAAGACUGAGACAGCAAGAAAUCAUGCGUCAGCAAGAACUAAUACUCAGACAAAGCCUUGGAGAAAAACUUACUUUAGCUGCUUCACCUACUGGAUCCCUUGUUGAUCUACCUCCUGUUACAAGCCUUGACUCCUUUCUAGAUGGUGGAACUGAUUUCCAUUCCCGCCAAGAAAGUGCAGACAGUGGUCUGGGUUUAGGUACUAACUAUAGCCUUCCCCACACUCCAGAAGAUUUCUUGAGCAACUUAGAUGAUGUAGAGGAUCGACAUAGUAACGACUUAGGCUUGGACUUGCAAACAAAUUUAGAUCUUGGGGAUGAUAAUAUGGAUACUGAUUCUUUAGUCCCAAGUUUGCAAGAAGAACUGAAUGCUGACAUACUUUCUGAUGUUGAAGCUUUGUUAUCUGCCAGUAAAGAUAGUGUCUUGACUUGGCUCUGAAUUCUGAAAAAGAUCACAGAGUUGUGAAAGAAGACUAGUGACAUUGUAACAACAUGUGACUGUUUUGUGUAUCGCUAGCCGGAGACUUUUCCACUGAGGAUUGUUUUCGGAUGCUCUUAGAUGAUGCCCAGUAAAAGUUUUCUUGGCUACUGUACAUUUCUUUUCAGCUUCUUUUUUUUUUUAAUUGGUAGUGGUUUAGUGAUCAAAAGUUGUUAACUGAACUUUUUUAUUAUUGUUGUAAUUAUUGUUUCUUUCAUAUGUAUUAUUUUAAGUUAACCAAGGAAACUUUUACUAGAUUUUUAGUCUUCCAAAUAAAGAAGCAUGAAGUGGAUUAAUUUUAUGAAUUAGUUUUGGGAGUGUUGUCUCUAUGAUCUUAACAUAGAAUUUACUUACAAAGAAAUGGAUGUUUUUAGAAAUAUUAAUUUUAUAAAAUGUAAUGACUCUAUAUUUGAUGUUUUAUCUAAUAUUUCAUAUUACAUGCCUGAAACUAUAAAAUCUAUGUUUGUUGCGUGAUUUAAAAAAAAGAAGAAAUGCAGUUGGUUAUUGAUAUGUAUUGAUUUCGUCUGUAUUUUGUUGCAUAAUUCAUUACUUUUUUGAAAUGCAGGAAAAUUUUUAAUCACAUUUUUUGACUAAUUUUUAUUGUCUUUUACAUUUUUAGAAUGGAGAAAUAUACUCUUAGAGUUAGCUAAGAGUUGUUGUAUCAUAUAGUUGUAAUAAAUUCAUGAGUUGGUGGAUAAUUUUUGAAGUUGAUGUUUCAGAAGUUCAUUGAAGAAUUCAUUCACAAUAUUGUUAAAAGCAUUUUUUUCUGUCUUCACUUAGUAACCAUAGUUAUUUGUACACUCAUUGAUUUAGUUACCCUAGAUUAGAUUUCUGUAAACUGUAUCAUAAAUAUAUCAUCUUGAAUCAGGUUUAGGGAGAGAAUUAAAAAAGAGUGGCUUGAUUUGCAUACUAAAAUUAUUGUUUUAUCAUGUAAUUUACAUUUCUUUAAAAUUUAAUUCAAUACAAUCAGUUUUUAAUUCUUCUCUCAAACUUUCUGCAAUUCAAUAAUCAACUGUAAAUCUUUUUUAUUAUGCUAUUUUAUUUCUAAAAUAUGAAAAAAAUUGCUUCUAGUUUGUAGAGAGUUCCCAUAAUGAUCCAUAAAAUUUCACUUGCCAUAUUCAUCUUUUUUUACUUGGAAGACUAAAAAAUGAAAGGUGUCGGAAAUCAGCAGUACGAUCAUUUGCUCAUUGUCAAAAGCUACAUGCCGUAUCUUUGAGUAUAAGUUCCACAAUUUCAUCUAUACAGAGUCAUCACGGUUUUGUGCUCAAAACUCAGUGCCUUGUUUUACUUUUCAUACAUGGCCACCGCUUUCAUCCAUCAUGCAUGUAUUUUAGCACAAAAGUUCAUCUAUUUUGGAUUCAAUUUUGUAGCCAUAUUUUGUGACUAAAUGACCUACCUUUAGUUGGUUUAUUUGUUAAAAAAUGUUUGUACUAUUCUCGGUUGAUUUUUAAACUAACUUUUACACUCAAACCUCCAUAUCUCGGACAUUAUUAGAACUCUAGAGACAGUUUUUGAGGUCUUUACAGUCAUUUUCUCUUACUAUGUCUUGAAAAUCGGCUCUUUUCGAAUAUUUUUUAACAAGAAAAAAUUAACUGAAAUUAUGUAUAUUUACUAUUGAAACUAUGCAUGCUUUUUAAAUGUGUUUUUGAGGCAUGUUUUGUAGGUUACAUUAAAAAAACUGCCAUUAAUUUCAAGCUUUCUUAUGGUGCUUAUAAAUUAAAGUUGAAAAUAAAUAGCAUGGAUUUAAAAUAACUCUUCUGGAAUACCUCUUGUGGGAAGUAUCAAGAGUAGUUAUCUUUUCCUUCUGUGGUUCCUAAACAUGGAGGUUUGACUGUACAUUUCAUCACAGAUCUGUGUACAAUAACCAAAACAAAUCUUUUUUUUUUUUUUAAUAUAAUGGUUACCAGCUGAAUCUUGUGUAGAGUUUCAACAGACUUUUUAAAUGUGAUGUGUAAAAAUUGUUUGUUAUAUUUUUAAAAGUUUAGAUCAUUGCAUGAGAAAUAUUCCAAGUUGAAUUUGAAUUAUGCUUUUACAUUUACUGCUUUUCUUCAAGGAAUUGUUUAUUUUUUUAAUGUCACAAUUUGAGUUUUGAUUUAUUGCAGUGCAAUAAAAAUUAAUCUUUGAAAUAAUUGGUUUAUAGUGCACGCUAGCACCCGAUUAGCACAGGCAUCGGCAUAUAAUGAAAGUUAUAUGAAGCAGGUUGCACUAUUCAAUAUGAGGCAAAUAUCACUUUAUUGCAGCAAUUCCACAUUGACUUUAUACUUUAGGGCCUUUGGGAAGACAUUUGGUCAUACCGUUUGUGGUGACAUUUUGAAUCUUGCCACUUCAAGCAUUCAAACUGACAUUAAACUGAGUGGAAAAUAACCACGCUGUUUUGUCUGAAAAAUCCAAAAGACUUUCAAUCAAAAAUUUCCACUACUAUUGAAACCACGUGAAAGAAACCCAAAACUGAAAGUCUACCAAACUUGAUGACUUUGACAUUGAAAAUAUGUAAAAUGUUUUCUUCACAUCAUGCAUUUAAUAUUGAAAUUUUUAUAUUCUUAGCUUUUACAUAACCUUACUCAAUCAACUAGUACUUUAAACUAGCUCUACUAUCUUAUUAAUAAUUUAAAAAAACUAAUCAAAUAGUUUUUAAUUAUUAUUGUUAUUAGUGUUUAAAAUAGUGGAUUGUUUUACAACUUUUAUUGAAAAAUCACUUAAAUAUAUAUAUAUAUUCCUACAUUGAUGUACUUAUUAUCUUUAUUAUUUCAAAACGAUUUUGCCUCUAAAAUUCAUAGACUUACUACUUCUUGCUAACCUGCACUCUUUUCACUAGAGCUGACUCAUGCAAGAAGCAUUUGGUUAAGUCUAGAUCCUAUUUGCACAACUAUUAACCAAGUAAUCAAGUUUUCCCUCAUUUUCUGCGAUAAAUUAUACCGAAUUUUAACUUUUUAAAUUGCUUGAAGAAAAGCAUUGAAUGUAUAGAUUUCGAUGAGUCGUUCAUACAUACAUUUUUCAUCUGUGAUUUGUGUGCCUUUUUAUAUUCCAUAAGAUGUAUUUUAAGAAUCCUGAACAAUCAUAAAAGACAGAUUGCAGUGCACAAUGCAAUAUUUUCUUAAUAGUGUUCACUAUUUAAUUAUGAAAAGUUUAUGAGCAUUGCUAUUAUAAAAUUUUAUUGCUGUUUGCAAAGCUUGUUAAACGUUUGUUAAAUUAUAUUACCAGUGUAUACAACACACGUUUAAGCAAUAUUUUAAAGACAAUUGAAUUUUAAACUGAAAUUUUACUGUAUUUUUACUUGACCCCCCCCCCCCCGGAACUAAUAUGUUGUUUUUCAUUGAAAUAUCUUAGCAUACAUUUUGCUAUCAAUCCACAUUUCUAAUCGUUUUAUAUAUAAUUUUUUUAACUUGAUUUAUUUAAUAAUUUUAUCAGCUGUAUCUGGUUAUCAUUUUAGAUCAUCUGUGGGAAAGAAACUGUAUUUCCUGUACUAUGCAAAAGUGCAUCUUAUUUACAAUAAAAUCAAUCCAUCAAUGUG